AUGCCCUCCAUCUCUGCUCUCUCCCGCACACGGCCGGAGAACAUCAAGCAUAUUUUGGACGACAUCGAGGAUCAAUUUCACCUCGAUGAGGCUGCCCUCAAGACCAUAACCAGCCAGUACCUCUCUGAUGUCAACCUCGGCUUGGGCGAUCCCACCUUUGUAACAGGUGUUCCCGAUGGCACAGAAACUGGUACCUUUCUUGCUCUUGAUCUCGGGGGAACCAAUUUGCGCGUCUGUCAAGUCGAGCUGCACGGGGACAAGACAUUCUCUCUCCGCCAGCAAAAAUACAGGGUCUCUGAAGCCCUCAAGACCGGGGAAGCGACUGUGCUCUUUGACUAUCUAGCCGACUCGGUCGACGCCUUCCUAACUUCUUCUCCCCCCGCCUCUCCGACAAAUCCCCCUGUUCCUGGAGAGCUCUACGAAGACCCUCCCGCUCUUCCUCUUGGUCUCACCUUCUCGUUUCCUGUCGAACAGACCGCGUUGGAUCAGGGGUAUCUGCUAACCUGGACCAAAGGGUUCGCGGCAAAGAACGCGAUUGGGAAGGACGUUGUAAAACUCUUGCAAGACGCGUUCGAUAGGAAGCACCUUCACGUCCAAUGCGUGGCUAUUGUCAACGACACCGUGGGCGCGCUCCUCUCUCGUGCAUACACGGCUGGCGGCUGCACACUCGGCUGCAUAUUCGGCACUGGCACCAAUGGCGCGUACGUUGAGAAAGUAGCAAACAUCACCAAGUUGAAAAACAACCCUGUUGUCGCAAAGGGCGGUGUGAUGAUUGUCAACACUGAAUGGGGGGCAUUCAAUAACACUCGGACCACACUGCCCACCACCCCUUUUGACAACAAACUUGACCGCGAGUCAAUAAACCCGCGAUACCAAGCCUUCGAAAAAUUCGUCUCGGGCAUGUAUUUGGGCGAAGUCACCCGCAAUAUCUUGCUCUCCCUCAUCGACGCAUCGCCGAAACCCAUCCUCUUUGGCGGUAUCGCAAGCAAGCUAAUGAACACGCACUACGGGUUUGACACGGAGUUUAUGAGUCUCGUCGAGGGCGCCUGGGAGAGCGAAAUCCACCUCAACGGUAACUCCGCAUCUGCCGGACCCGAACUUCCUGACUCUGAGAAGUCAACGACGAAGGACGUAAAGCCCAUAGACGAUGACGCGCUUCUGGACUUCAGCGUACCCCUCGUCGCAGCAUCACUCAGCUCGCACACGCUGCACCGACUGCAGAGGGUCCGCACCGUGCUGGUGUCUAAACUCGGGUAUGAGCCCGCGCAGGUGACGCUCAGAGACGCGGCCGUUGUGCAUUGGGCGUGCGCGAUUGUCGCCAGGCGCGCGGCGAGGAUGAGCGGGUGCGUCGUCGCGGCCUCUGUGAAGCAGAUGGGGUACGUUCCCGAGCCUGGGAGCGGUGUUCAAACCAAAGACGAAGGAAGGAUAUCCGUUGGUGUAGACGGAAGCCUGAUUGAGCAUUACCCGCGGUUCCAAGACCAUCUGCGUGAAUCUCUGCGCCUCUUGGUCGGCGAACAGGUCGAGCAACGUGUCGAAAUUGGCAUGGCGAAAGACGGAAGUGGUGUCGGCGCUGCCCUGUGCGCGCUCGUAGCCACAAAGCUGAAGAAGUCGGGCAGCUCAUGAUCACUGAGCUGGCACGUGAAGAACCGAAACACACACAAGGAAGCCUGUAAUUGUAUUCUAUCCUAUCGCGCCGAGUCCCCAUGUUCCACCACUGCCAUCACCAUCACCCAAAUUCAUCCAACUGUUUAUCGCAUAAAUACGGCCUCCCUGUUGUCGCUCUAACUGUUGUUGUGUUCAAAUGUGCCACUAUAUAUUCUCCCUAUUUCCCACCCCUUCCUUCGUGCCAGUAUUACUACUCAUUUUCCUAGGCUCCUCUGUUGAGAUGUGGGCAUGUUUCGAUCUGGAUAUGACUGGCGUUGUUUUGCUCUC